AUGAGAAUCUCCUUGCUGUUGGCUUUGACGGCCAGUUCUGUGGCGCAAGCAGCCCAGCUUGCAUUCCCCGGAGCUGAGGGCUUUGGUAGGUAUGCAGUGGGUGGUCGUCAAGGGGAGGUAUACAAAGUGACAAACCUCAAUAACUCUGGAACUGGGUCGCUUCGAGACGCAGUAUCGAAGCCCAACAGGAUAGUUGUAUUUGACGUCGGCGGAGUUAUCAAGAUCUCAGAACGAAUCGUCGUGUCUAAGAACAUCUACAUCGCCGGCCAAACUGCUCCGGGUGGCGGCAUCGUCGUCUACGGCAAUGGCUGGUCUCUCUCAAAUGCCAACGACUCUAUUGUGCGAUACAUCACCAUCCGUAUGGGUAAAGGCGGAACCUCAGGUAAAGACGCAAUUGGUAUUGCUGACGGUAAAAAUAUCAUCUUCGACCACGUCAGUGUCUCGUGGGGCCGUGAUGAGACUUUCUCUAUCAAUGGAGACGUCACAAAUGUCACCAUACAGAACACCAUCAUUGCUCAGGGUCUUGUUUCUCACUCUUGUGGUGGCUUGAUGCAGACGGAUGGCGGAGUCAGCUUGUUCCGUAAUCUGUAUAUUGAUAACAAGACUCGAAACCCCAAGGUCAAAGGUAUCAACGACUUUCAGAACAAUGUCGUGUAUAACUGGGGAGGUGGUGGCGGUUACAUUGCUGGAGAUAGUGAAGCUGAUAGCUAUGUUAACAUUAUCAACAACUAUUUCAUUUCUGGUCCAGAUACUACCGUCACAGCCUUUACUCGAGGAAACAGUUACUUCCAUGCUUGUAAGUCCUUUGUCCUCUCGGAUGAUUGUUUUGCUAACCAUGUUCCAGAAGUCAAGGAUAACUUCUACGACUCCAACCGCAAUGGCAGGCUUGAUGGCGCUGCUCUUUGCGAGAAGACCACUUGCUACUCUGGCAUUGAUUUUGCCAAGACUCCAUACAACUAUCCAGCUCCUACAGCCGUCACACCCCAGGCGGCCGUCGAACUAGUUCUCAAAAGCGUUGGAAACUCGCUGCAUAGGGAUACUGUUGAUACUGCCCUCAUAGACGAGGUCAAAUCUUAUGGAGCCAAGGGAGGUCAAAUCUCUGAUGAGAAGGAAUUUGGUGGUGUUGGGGAGAUUUCAAAUGGUGCCGCUCUGAAAGAUUCAGAUGGCGAUGGCAUUCCUGAUGAAUGGGAAACAAAGAAUGGUCUUAAUCCCAAUGACGCUUCGGAUGGUAUGAAGGUUGCGUCGAAUGGGUAUUCUAACUUGGAGAACUAUGUGAACUCUCUUGUUUGA